AAAAAUCUCAUCAAAAAAUGCUACGAAAAAUUUAAAAAUGCUGACCCGAAGGAUCAGAGCAGGCGUACUCAUGAUUCGAAGUGUUUGCUCCAAUGCUUACUCGAAGUCAAGAAAUUGCGUUACCAGACCCUUGUGAAACCGCAUUCGCGUACGAAAAGUGUAUUGUUGCCGCCCACGGAAUACGAAAAGUACGAGUAUAGCUGAUAUUAAAGGUUUGAAAUCUUGAAGAUGGAUUAAGAGAGAAAAGACCAAUGAAUAAAUAUGAAAGAAGUAAACAAGUGGAAUUUAGAUUAUACAACGGUGUUUGUAAACAAUUGAAAUAAUAAAAUACAUUUUUUCUCC